CAUAUUCUUGAAGUUGAGUUUAAAGAUUAGAUCUUUCUUGUAAACCAAAAAUGAAUUUGUGGGUUUUUUCCAUUCUUGAAGUUGAGUUUAAAGAUUUGUGGGGGUUCGUUUCAUUCCUUUAUUUGAUCAAUUUUGGUUUAAGAAAGUUCAUGGGUUUCAAUAUUAUAGGACGUGUACAAUAAUGGAAUAGAAAAGAAAAGGUGUUGUCACCUCAGAUGGUAUAAUUCAUAUCUGAGUCCCCAGAUUUUUGUGGUUCAAUCAUCUGUGAAUAAUUUUGCAGUGGUGCGCACUGAAAAAAUCUCAAGAAUGACAUUUAGCAUGAGAAGCAUUGCAAUGAUGAUAACUCAAUUACCUACUAAAGUAGUAUAUUUUCUAUACUAUUUUUUGAAAGGACACUUAUUGACCUUCUAUUCCUAUCUGCCUUUCUCUUUGAUUGGGAACUUGUUUUGUCUUAUAUUGUUUGCAAUUUCAGGCCUCUCUGUUCCUGCGGUUGUAAGACCUAUUCUGGACUUUUUUGAAUUAUCUAAGCAAAUUCCAGCAUCCGCUCUAAGCAAUAUUGAUAUAUUUGUGAAGAUUUUUCCUUGGGCGACACAUGCCUGGUCCGUGAGGUACAAUGAUGACGAUAAAUUGGCUGAAAAUUCUGUUGAAUAGUCUCAUUAAGACAUGUUCGUAUGGCUUG